AUGUUGGCUAAGAACGUGAAUAAUCAAUCCCCAUUAGUUGUGACUCAAAUACCAAGGAAAAAACAAUUUUAUAAAACUAAGAUGUGCCCAUGGUUUUUUUCGGGGCGAUGUGAUAGAGGUAUAGAUUGUUUGUUUGCGCAUUCUCAAGAGGAAUUAAAUCCAAUCCCUGAUUUAUCAUUUACUAGUUUAUGCCCAUUAGCAAAAAAAUCAGGAUUAUGUAAAAAUGAAAAAUGUAGUUAUGCUCACUCAGUAUGUGAAUUAAGGCCUACCGGAGAUUUAUAUAAAACUGCGCCUUGUACUAAAUUUUUAAGAGGUAAAUGUAAUGCUGAAUCUCAUUGUAGGCAUGCACAUUAUAUUGAAGAAUUAAGACCAUUACCUGGAAAUAUAUCACCAUCACAAAAUGCCAUAAAUUUGAUGUUAGCUGCACCUUUAGCUACUUCUAUGCAGAAAAUAAGCAAAUCUAAAAAUAAUUUUUAUAUGGAUGAAAAUAGAGGAAAUAUAAAUAAUAGUGGUGGUGCUGCUGUUGUAAAAAAAAAUGAUAAGGAAUUAAAAAAUUAUAGUUCAAUGCCAUGUAGUAAUUAUUCAAUGCAAAAUAAUUUAAAUAACACAAGAUUUGGAAAAAAAUAUAUGAAAAAUGCAAGCGCCGACAAUAGUAUGUUAUUAGGAACUAACAAUAUGGAUACAAAUUCAAGUAAUAGUAACAACAAUGUACAUAAUCAUGUUACUUCAAAUAUGGGAAAUAAUAUGAACAAUAAUAAUAAUAAUAAUGAACUAGAUAUUCAUAAUAAUAUUAAUGAAAAUAUUCUUAACAAUAUAAUGAGUACUACUGCUACUGCUACUACUACUAAUACUAAUAAUAUGAACAAGUCAUAUAGAAAAAGUUUUUCCUAUUCAAAUAAAUUAUAUGCUCUUUUAAAAAGUAAAGAUAAUAAUAAAGAUGGAAAUAAUAUGAACUUAAAAUUUAAAUCAUUUUUAAUGAAUAAUCAUGAUAUGAAUAAUACCAACAAUACCAAUCUCAGUAAUAAUAAUUCCGGAAUAUUGAAUAAUUUCAGUAUUAGAAAAAUUCAUAGUGCACCCAAUAAAAAUAGUGAUGAUAAUAAUGCAGGAUAUAAAUCUAUAAAUGAAAUGGUGGGACAAGAUAUUAAUAUGAAUUGUUCUAUAAAUAGUAACCAUAGAGGGACAGCAGGAAAUUUGAUAAAAAAAGGAGGAAGCAUGAGCAAUAACAAUAGUAUGGUAAAAGCAGGAAAUGGAAAUAUCGGGGGAUCAAAUAUGACCAUUGGAAUUAAUACAAAAAUGAAUUCAAAUAUAAGUAAUGUAAGCAUGGGUAGUGGGCAUAGUAAUAUAACUAAUCAACAUUAUGGUAUUAAUCGAGGCCCAAAAAAUGAUGGACUUCAUUAUUCUUCAUUUUCAACAAAAGAACCAUCAUCACCUAUGAGAAUGCCAAGCAAUUCAUCAAAAGAAUAUGCUGAAGCUAAUGAAACAAAUUUAGUAGAUACAAUUGAGCAUAUGGAAAUAACAGCACAGGAUAGUGUAUUAAAAGUUAUUGAAGAUGAUAAUGAAAAAUUUAAUACUAGUGAUAUCAAAAACUUUUUUAAAUUAUUACAAAUGACAAAUGUUAAUAAUUAUAAUGAUGAUAAUUUUUUAUAUAAUGAUGCAGAUAUGAAUGAAGAUGUUAAUAACAACAUGUACGAUCAAUAUAAAUCUGCUUCCAUUCCAGCAGAUAUUAUGAAACAACAAAUGAGUCCAGAUUUAUCACUCACACCUGAGCAGUAUACCCAAAAUAAUAAUAUUAAGAAAUAUGACAUAAACGAAAAUUUUAAAAACAUUUAUAAAUUAAAUAACAGCAAUUUGGCUAGUUGCUCCAAUUUCUGGAAUUUCCCAGAAGAUGAAUUCCCAGCACCAGCUUCAAAAAUUGCACAAGAUGUAGAGAUAUUUGAUUAUUGA